AUCGGCGCCUACGAGCUGACGCGGCGCCUCGGCGAGGGCGAGUUCGCCGCCGUCUACGAGUGCAAGCGCGCCGCGGACGGCCCCGACGGGAAGCGGUACGCGGUGAAGGCGAUCAACAAGGCCAAGGUCCAGCGCCACUCGUCGAUCCUCAAGAGCAAGCGCAACAUCCGGCGCGUGAACCUCGAGGUCGCGGCCAUGCGGCGCUUCCGCCACGGCGGCAUCUGCCAGCUCUACGACGUCGUCCAGAGCAACUCGUUCGUCUACCUCGUCAUGGAGAUGGGCGAGCGGGACCUCUUCACGUUCCUCGACGACCACCCGGAGGGCUGCCCGGAGCCCGUCGUGAAGCAGGUGAUGCGCAUCCUCGCCCUGGGGCUGCGCCACUGCCACAACGCGGGCGUCGCGCACCGCGACAUCAAACCCGAGAACAUUCUCGUCGUCGGCGACCCGCUCACGUGGGCCGGCGCGGACGACCGCGCGGGCAUCGUGAAGCUCUGCGACUUUGGACUGUGCGCGUCGGUCCACGACGGCGCCAUGCUCAACGACUUUGUGGGGUCGCCGGGCUUCUUCGCGCCCGAGCUCAUGAUCCGGCGCCAGUACGACGGCCCGCUCGCGGACGCGUGGUCCAUGGGCGCGGUCAUGGUCGAGAUGCUCCUGGGCCACCGCGCCUUCGACAGCCUCUGGUGCCCGCCCUACGAGCACCUCCACGACGUGUCCGCGUUCUCCCGCGGCAUCCGCGAGGCCGUGAGCCGCGCGAAGCUCGGGUCCGCGGAGACGCCCCCGUCGGAGCCCGUGCGCAGGCUGCUGGAGAUGCUGCUCCAGGUCGAGCCCGAGCGGCGCGCGAACGUCGAGGAGGUCUGCGGCGCCAAGUGGUUCGACCUG